GUCACAAGAGAGGCUGUGGGUAGGUCCUGGCAUCAUCGAUGUAAGUGCAAAGAAAUGUGUAAAAUAUUACUUAGGUAUAAAAUAAUAAUAUAUUAACAUUUGAAACUCAGAGAGAAUGAUCCGUCGGUGAUUUUGCGAUAUCGGCAGUGAAUCUCCCCUGCGGAGUGAGCCAGCAUGGCCUCUGCCCCAGCACAGCAGCCCACGCUCACCGUAGAGCAGGCGAGAGUUGUUCUUACUGAGGUGAUCCAGGCCUUCUCCGUGCCUGAGAACGCAGCACGCAUGGAGGAAGCCAGAGAAAGCGCCUGCAACGACAUGGGCAAGAUGCUGCAGCUUGUGCUUCCUGUGGCCACUCAGAUCCAACAGGAAGUCAUCAAAGCAUACGGCUUCAACAAUGAAGGAGAAGGAGUUCUCAAAUUCGCCCGGCUGGUGAAGAUGUAUGAAACUCAGGACCCAGAGAUCGCGGCCAUGUCACUGAAACUCAAGAGUCUGCUACUGCCACCUCUCUCCACUCCUCCCAUUGGCAGUGGCAUCCCAACCUCAUAGAACAAACUCUCACAAACUCUCAGUUCAUCAAGUUCAAAACCGGUUCAACUAUAAAAAUUGUCUAGUGCAAAAACUUCCUGUUUUAACUCUUCUUUCAAGGGUGAUUUAAACUGGGAUGAAGUACAAAUUGCACCACAGAAAAAUAUUUGAAUAAAAAGAAAACAAGUUAUUGUUGAACUUAUACAUUCCCAUUUUUUGUAAGCAAAAUUAGUAUUUAAACCAUGGUCUCGCUCACAUAUUUAUUUUUUGUAUUCUUAUUCAUUUUGCCUUGUCGAAUGUGCAUAUUUAUCAAGCGUAACACUAAAUUGUUGAUGCCUUUUGUUUGUUUUUAAAGCUUUUCAUACAGUUUGGUAUUGAUUAUUGUCUCAUUUGGUCAUAUCGUCAUAAAUGAUAACCUGUGACAUUGUUCUUGUGAUCACUACUGUAUGAAAAACUGAUUAGUGUCACAUAAACACUGUUCACCAAUAAAGAAUUUUUUUUAUAAUUAUUA